AUGGAGAACCUUGGCGUGGAGGAGGUCGAUCUCAUAGAGUUGCGAGACUCGAUUCAAUGCUCUGCACGAGGUAAGCACCAGAACCAGUGUUGGCGACUGUUGCGACGAGCCUCCGAGCCCUGCGUGACUGCUGCGGUACUUGACGCUGAGCGACUGCGUGUUGCGCUCUGCGAGCUCCACGUACUGUCGGGCACGAGAUCUUCACGAGAUCUCCCUCUGAGUACUGAUGUGCAGAACGCGUCAUUAUUGGGUAUUUUCUGGAGCACCGCUCUGGCCCAGUUCGUCGCGGCGCUGACUUCAGGGCACCUGAUCGCCGAGAACGAGCCGGUCGGGCUCGUACCCGAAGGCCUCCUCGCCGUUGAGGCGUCACCUUCCCAGGACGUCGUUGUGCUGGUCUCCACGCGAGGAGAGCUGCUUCUUAUGGACGCAGAAUUGAAUGUCAUAGAGCGGGGCACGCUGUCUGAACCUCUAUCGCCUGGUUUGUCGUGGCCGACGGCGGAGGAUUCGCACAUCAUCCGAGUUGCAUGGCGAUCUGAUGGCAACUUGUUCGCAGUUAGUUAUCCUGGACAAGAUCAGAGAGUUCAUGUGGAUAUCUUUCGCUCCCCAUCACUCCGACGAGAGGCCACAGCACAUACCGAGCCCCUGGUUGCGAAACCUACCGAUGCACAACGGACGCCGCCGGCACUCGACUUGGUGCUCUGUUGGGAGCAAAGGCCGGGUGGCAUGCUCACAGUCGCAACGCGAGAUGGCGACGUGGUCUUCUUCGAAAGGAACGGUUUGCGCCAUACCCGUAUGGACAUGCACCGUAAGCUGACGAGCAAGCGCCGCAUCUGGGGCCUCAGCUGGAAUGCCAACGACAUGCUGCUCGCCAUUGGAUAUACGAACUUGGCUACCGACGCACCAGACUCGUGCUCCCGGAAACGCAUUGAUCUGUACAGCUUCCGGAACUAUCAUUGGUACCUCAAAUAUAGGUUGGAGCUGGGGUCCUCGGAUUUCGCCGACAACGACCAUGUAUGGAUGGCGUUUGAUUUUACGGAUCCACUGCUACUCUACGUGUACAGUGGCACAUGGGCAUCCCCGCAUGAACGAAUGCUUCGCUUGUACAGGCUGCAGUGGACCAUUUCGUUGAACGCUGAGCGCGACGACACCCUCGCAGUCAUCGAUGGUCAUCGUGUGCUACUGACGCCUCUACGGCGCUGUGUGCUACCGCCACCUCUUUAUGCGUUCGAUGCAUGCAUCCCUGCGAACGAGGCGGACGACACGAUUCAAUACGUACUCUGGGAAAAGGACAGUCUUUUCGCCAUCAGCAGUUUGGGCCGGUGGUACUGGCUCCGCAGGGAUGGCGCAUUGGUCGCGGUGCAGGCUCCGAUACCCGCCGUUGCGGAUGCCGCCGCGAAGCAGGUACCCGCGAGGGACGAGCUCGUGUGGAAUCCUGAACUCGGUAUGUUCAUGAUUCAUCCGAUUCGAUCGAUUUCGCUUGCUGGAGGCCGGCUGCUGUACCGGAGGCGGUCGCGGCUGCUCCAGUGGCAACCGAGCAACGAGUCUUCCACUGAGCCAGCACGGACGAUCAGCACUGAUUGUUUGUCUGUUGCGGUGGUGUCUUCAGAGAAUCUGAUAUUCUGGACGACACCGUCCGGCUCGCUUCGCUAUCACGAGCUGGGUAUCGAACUUGACGCUGCUGCCGAACGGCGAUACCGCACCGAGUCCGAGCGUGUUGUGGAUCGAGGAGCGAUCCUGGUUGCGGCACUCGGAGACGCCUUGCGGCUCGUGAUCGAAGCACCACGCGGCAAUCUGGAGACGAUCACCCCGAAGAUAUGUGUGGAGCGGAAGAUCCGUCGGGUGCUGCGUAGCGCGCUGGACGCAAACCAGAAGCCGGACAUGAUCGCUCUGCUGCAGCUCGCUCGCAAACACUGCAUAGAGCCGCGAUUCGUUGUAGAGGCUUACGGCCCGAAGCGAUUGGCAGAUGAUACGGACUGGUUUCUGCAACAGAUCCUGAAUGCAUGGAGCGAGGCACAUGUUGCGGAGAUCCUGACGCAGCUCAUUGUGUCUCUGAAUGAAAAGGAGGACGUCUAUCGGCACCUGGUUGCCGGCUUCGUUGCCCAGAUGCAUGCCGUGGAUCCCGAACGAUUUUUCCAGGCUAUUUUGACGGCAUAUAUUACGCAGCGGCCACAGGCGGAUAUCGACGCUGCCCUGAAACUUGUAAGCAAGCGAUUCUCGGCGGAAUCCUUGCGAUACAUAAGCACGAUUGCGCGCAAGCCAAUUCAGGAGUUAUACCGAGCAGCACUCGGUAUCUACGAUUUGGACUUGGCAGCAAAGAUAGCUGUCGCAGGGCGCAUGGACCGCAAUCUGCACGAGCCGUUCUUGGAAUCGCUGCGGCAAGUGACACCCGAGGCGCUCCGACGCUACGAGAUCGACAUGUUUCUGACGCGACCACGAGCGGCACUGGGUCACUUGCUGGAAGCUCGAAAGGUGUUGGGUCCGCAGGUUGAUGAAAAAAUUUGUCGUUUGGUGGAACAGUUCGACCUGCAUCACGAGGCAUAUAUUGAGGUGGAGAAAAUCGAACACGAGUCUCUGACGCAAGGCUUGUGGCAUGAGCUGGCUUUGCGCUGGGCCACUCGACUCGAGAACAAGGGCGCGCAUCUCCAAGCCGCACACCUCUACGCUAUGCAUGGCGCUCUGGAGCAGGCGGCUGAAGCCUACCUCGCAGGCGGGCAGGCCCCGUUGGCUAUCGCCGCAUACCUUCAGAAGGAUCACCUCAUAGGGAAUGAGCAUGAUUUUGUAUCGUUUUUGCGGCGCCUCGUGGAGACAUUGUGCAAUCAGUGUCAGUGGGAGGUCGCUGCUCAAAUUCUCGCCGGAUCGCCGCUCGCGCAACCCGAAGAAGCGCUGCAGCUUCUUUUAGAUGCUCAUCGCUUCCAGGCUGCGUUGCGCCUACUCACAACCCAAGGCCGGGGCGACUGGCUGCGAGAACGACUCCGUCCGGCGGUGAUAAGCGCUGCGGAAGAGCGUACGACCGAAAUACGCACGAGUGCUGCGAAAUACCACGAGCGAGCUGUGCGUUUGCAGCUAGUCCGCGAACACCGUCAACAGCUACAGUUGCGUUCCACAGGCGAUUUCAAGAAUCCGAACGUGGUAACGGGUGCUGAUACGGACAGCGAAGUCGAUGCGAUCGCUUCGGAGAUUGCGAGCAUGUCGACAUUCACUUUUGGCACGCAUUCAGCUCGGAGCAAAAGCAGCAGCAGCAGCAGCAGCAAUAGCAGCAACAUACAUUCGGGUAUGGCGGCCUCUGAGCGGUCUGCCGCAGGCAAAGCAACCGCCAAGACCCGCAAGAAAACCAAACGGAAAAUCAAACCGGGUGAUCCCCACGAAGAAUUGUUCUUGGUCGAAUAUCUGCGGCGGCUGGAGCCAACACCAGCUCUCCGGGAGACUGUCCAGGAAAUCGCAGAGUGCCUCCUAAUCUGUGGGGAAUAUCGUUUGGUGACAGCGCUUCAGCGCGCGGUGAAAGAACUGGACGAGACCAUUGCCAACUGGAAACGUACGCUGGGUGUGGUACCGGAGCGGCCGCUGUCGCCUUCCACACCGAACGGUAUAUCUACUUAUUGA